AUGCCAAGGAAAUCCAAAAGAACCAGCAAGAUCGAUGAAGGCGAAGCGACGGAAGAUCUGAUCAAUACCAGAUUGAUUCCCCUUGAGAGUACACUAUCGGCAACACAGGAAAACAUCAGAUUAUUGGAGAAGAAUACCAACGAUUCAUUUUUUCGAAUGGAGGAUCAGUUCAAGAAGCAAUUCUCAACUCUUCAGAAUCUGUUGGAGAAAUUGAUACCAGGUGAUUCAGAUGAGCGAUUCCCAGAGUCAGUAGUACAAGAUGACAAUAAUGGUGAAGUUUUCACGGAAGGCAAACACAACUCGGCAAAUUCGGAUAUCAGUGCGCAGUCAAAUCGUAAUACUCCCAAUGGUAUUCGUCUAUCAACCGGUAGACAAACAACCAAUGAAGAGUUAGAAGAGAUGUUAGAACAAGGCAACCCUGCAGUGUUCACGCAAGGAAUAAUAAUGGAAACGCAACAAGCGAAACAGACAUUAGCCGAUAUCGAAGCCAGGCAUGCCGAUAUCAUCAAAUUAGAGAAUUCAAUUAGAGAAUUGCAUGACAUGUUCAUGGACAUGGCGAUGCUGGUGGAAAAUCAGGGCGAAAUGAUAGAUCGCAUUGAGUACCACGUGGAGCAUGCCGUUGACUACGUGCAAACGGCCACUCAAGAUACCAAAAAAGCUUUAAGAUACCAAAGUCGCGCCAGACGGGGGGAGCUGGUCGACAGGGUGGAGUAUCAUGUGGAGUCUGCGAAAAGUCACGUGCAAGAGGGCAAAGGUGAGCUCAAGGCUGCAAAGGAGUACCAGUCGAAGGCCAGGCAGAAAAAGAUCUUCAUCAUAAUCUGCCUCGUAGUAGCUCUCAUCAUAUUAAUAAUAAUAUUAUCAGUUACUCUAAAGUAA